AAUCGCACCUGCAAGGCAAAAACCUAAACCAUAAAAAACCCGCAGCAAGGAGACGACGAUGGGCAACUUCGGGAGCAGAGGCGACGCUCCUCCUCCACCGCCACCGCCGCCGCCGCCGCCGCCUGCUCUUCAAGCCCAUCUACACGGGGUGCGCCCUCCGUACUACCACCGGUACCCCGGUUGGCCCCCGGGCACCGCUCCGCUGCCGCCGCCUUUGGGGGUGCCAGCGUCGGUGGAGCAGCACAGAACCGUCGCGGUGCACGCAGGCGUCAACAUCAAGGGGGACUCCCUGCGACUGGAGCCCGAUGAUGACGGCCGUGGCCUCCUACUCGCUUUCUCCUUCGACGCCGACGCCCCCGGAAGCAUAACUGUCUACUUCUUUGCACAAGAAGACGAAGAGCUUAUCCUGAAGGCUACAAAGGAGAACUUGCUCAAACCUGUGACAACAGCUUUCAACAAAGGUCAUGAUCAGGAGUUCAAUCAACCAUGUGGAACAGGAAUCGAUGUCUCUCAAUUUGAGGAAUCUGAGCUAACUAAGGUUGGUGAAGGUGGUAUAUUCCCAGUUGCAUUCAAAGUGGACGUGGCUGUAUCAAACAACCAAGAAUUAGAAGGGGCACAUGACAAUGAGGCAUCAAAGUGUCUGGUUAAAUUUGCUAUACUUGCAAAGAAAGGCAAUGCUAAAUUUGGUGUUCGUAUUGUGCAGCAGAUCUUAUGGGUAAAUGGUACUAGAUAUGUCUUGCAGGAGAUAUAUGGUAUUGGCAACACAGCUGAUGAGAACAAUCAUGAAGAUGAAUCUGGGAAAGAAUGUGUUGUUUGUCUUUCAGAACCAAGAGAUACAACUGUUCUUCCAUGCAGGCAUAUGUGUCUCUGCCGGGAGUGUGCUCAACUUCUAAGACUCCAGAGCAACAAAUGCCCCAUAUGCAGGCAACCUGUUGGGGGUCUUCUCGAGAUCAAGGUUGAUACAGAAUCUGGUGGUCAUGAAAAGGAGCUCAGUAGUUAACAGACCAUGAAAAGAGUCUCCAUUUAAUCUCUGUCAAUCUAUAGCUGUAUAUUGCCCGUAUAUGAAACUGCCUUGUGGAAUUGGAUGAACGUGGAGGGAUUUAAUAGAACAUAUCUCUGUACUCGUGAGCUUUCAACCUUGAACUUUUACUUGGAACACAAUUGGUCUGGAUCUUCACAUACAAAGCCUGUUGCACGAUUGACCUAACAGAGAUGUUUUGGUUACUCAUUGUUUUCAA